GGCUUUCUGCCUGACGAUCCGUACCCUCGUGCCUCGUCGUCUCCCCGCGCGCACGUUAGCAAACGUCGUAUUUAUCAUACGCUCGCCACCGGAGGAGGGAGAUUGUACGAUUCAAUCAAAUCGAUCAUUCGCGACUGUAGGAGAUCUGUGCUGGCAAAGAGGAAAGGAUCUGCGGACGAAUUUGUGGAGAGUAAAUCAGAUCUAGGUUUAAGAUUUGAUGCGUUGGCGGGGAUCGGGGACCGCCGGAAUCAGGAUAUGGCUAAUCAUGGAGCAGGAACAAAGUAUGUGUCUGUGAAUCUGAACAAGUCAUAUGGGCAACAGCCUCAUCAUCACUAUAAUCACUCCGGAGGUAGCGGGACAAUCCGUGGGCGAGCCGGCGGCUAUGGCAGCGGCGGGGGAGGCGGAAACAUGGUUGUCCUCUCACGGCCAAGAAGCGCGCAGAAGGCUGGGCCGAAGCUUUCAGUUCCACCCCCUUUGAAUCUCCCCUCACUCAGGAAGGAGCAUGAACGUAUUGAUUCCCUGGGUUCAAGUGUUCAUUCUGCUGGAGGCAUUCCGGGUGGUGGAUCAAGGCCUGCUUCUUCCGGUAUGGGGUGGAGUAAGCCUGCUGCUACACCUGCUUCCCAAGAGAAAGAACGUCUUGAUGGCGAUGUUGUUAGCGGUGCUGUUGAAUUGGUCGGGAAGGGGGCUAAUGGCCUGUAUAUGCCACCUGUUGCCCGGGCUGGUGCGGCUGAACCUUUGGAAAGUGCGUUUCCACCUAUGGAGAAAACUGCAACUUUGAGGGGUGAAGAUUUCCCGUCUCUGAAAGCAACACUGCCUGCAGCUUCUGCUCCUGGGCAAAAACAGAAAGAGAGUUUGAAUCAGAAGCAGAAGCAAGCCACAGCUGAAGAGCUGUCCAAAGAGCUGAGAGGUGUCUCUGUUAUGAACAGUUCACUUGUGGACAUGAGACCUCAAUUGCAGUCUGCUUAUAACCGAGUUGGUCUUGAGUCUAGCGAGAGUUCCAGUUUCCUAGAUGAGUCACAACCACCUCAGCAGCUGAGGAAGAAGGAAUAUUUUCCAGGGCCUCUUCCUCUUGUUCGUUUGAACCCACGAUCUGAAUGGGCAGAUGAUGAGCGUGAUACUAGCCAUGGCUUUCGAGAUUGGGACAGGGAUCAUGGUUAUUCCAAAAAUGAGACAUUGUGGGAUAGGGAUUUUGAUGUGCCAAGGCCGAGUGCCUUACCACACAAACCUGCUACUCAUAAUCAGUUUGACAGGCUGGGACAGCGCGAGAAUGACACUGGAAAAUCCUCUUUGGCUCAGGUAAUGCCGGCAAGCGGAGCAAGGGAGGCGAACACAUGGAGAACUUCUUCACAGCUUCAAAAUGAAGCUGGAAUUGAUAGAAAUAUUGGUGGUGGUGCAAUGCCCUCAAGUAGGGGUAGAGAAGUUAUUAAGGAAAAUAAGUACAUCUCAUCAGCUUUAAGGGACAAUGUUUGGAAAAAUACUGGAACGAGAGAGACUUCGUACCAGCAUGGUGGAAGACAACCAUGGAACAACGGCAUGGAUUCCUCCAGCCACAGGGGAACUUUUAUCAAGGAUGGUUACAGGGUUGAACAUCAGAAUAGGGAUAAGCGUCUCUUCUUCAAGAAUGACAAUCCUCAACAGGAAGAUCCUUUCAUUAAAGACUUUGGAGACACUGGUUUUGAUGUCCGUGAUCCGUUCCCAGUUCUUGGUAUGGCCAAGAAGAAGAAAGAGGCACUUAAGCAGACUGAUUUUCAUGAUCCUGUUAGGGAGUCAUUUGAAGCUGAACUUGAGCGAGUUCAAAAGAUGCAGGAAGAGGAACGUCGGAGGAUCAUUGAGGAACAGGAAAGAGCCAUGGAACUAGCUCGCAGAGAUGAAGAAGAGAGAUUGCGGUUGUCUCGCGAACAAGAGGAACAACAGAGAAAACUGGAAGAAGAGACCAGAGAAGCUGCUUGGAGAACCGAGCAGGAGAGACUUGAGGCUGCAAGGAAGGUGGAAGAGUUGAGAAAAACAAAAGAAGAGGAAAAGCGGAGAAUCUUUAUGGAGGAAGAAAGGAGAAAGCAGGCUGCUAAGCAAAAGCUUUUAGAGUUGGAAGAAAGAAUUGCUAAGAGGCAGGCUGAAGCUGCAAAGGGUUGCAUCAGCUCUUCAUCUGCGUCAGGGGAUAAAAGCUUGGAAAUUGUUAAAGAAAAAGAGCUUCCAAGGGCAGUGGACGUGGUUGAUUGGGAAGAUGGGGAAAGGAUGGUCGAGAGAAUUACCACAUCAUCAACUUUGGAUCUUCCUGUGUCAACUAGAUCAUUUGAGAGCCAUUCUGUGUCUCAUUUCUCUAGAGAUGGUUCUUCUGUGUUUCCUGCUAGACAAAAGCCCAGUUCUUGGAGAAAGGAAAGUAUUGAGAUUGGAAGCAACACGAAAUUUAUUUCACAAGAUAUGGAGAUUGUUCCUCGGAGCCCACAGAGAGAUGCUGGUGGUGUUUUCCCCAAGAAAGAGUUCUUUGGUACGGCUGGAUACAUGACUGGCAGGCCUUAUUUUAAACCAGGAUAUCCGGAACCUUCAAUUGAUCAGAGCUGGAGAAUCCCUGGAGAUGAAAGUCUCUAUGCCAGAAAUGGAGGAAUGGAAUCUGAAUUCCGCGACGGGUUUGGCGAACAUUAUGGCGAUCCUGGGUGGGGACAAGGUCAGGGCCACUCACGUCAUAAUCCGUAUUCUCCUUACCCUGAAAAGUUGUAUCAGAAUCCUGAGGGGGAUAAUUAUUAUCCUUUUGGCAGACAAAGGUUUUCAGUAAAACAGCCGCGUGUACUUCCACCUCCCAUGGAUUCUAUGCAGAAACUGUCCUUUAGAAGUGAGGUUGAUCGUCCAGGCCCUUCAAAUUCUGUCGAAAACGGUGGUAUGACGUAUAACAAUGCCAGUGGAACCGAACCAACUGCUCAAACAAGUUGCAAUGGGGAACUUCAAGACAAGCAUGAGCAGUCUGGAAGUAAUAGGAAUGAACAUCAUCGGUUUGAUAGCAAGAUUGCUGGAAGAUGUGAAUCUCAGUCUUCGCUUUCUGUUUCAAGCCCACCGGAUUCCCCUGUUCACCUCUCUCAUGAUGACCUGGAUGAAUCAGGUGAUUCAUCUGUGUUAGCUGGUUCCAGAAAGGAUAAAUACGCUGCUUUAUUAGAGAAGGGAGGAGAGCCUAUUAUGUCUGCUGAUGCUGAGAAUGAUAGUUUGAUAAUCGCUACGGGCUCUGUGUCAUGUGGUGAUGAUGAAGAGUGGACUAUUGACAACAAUGAACAUUUGCAAGAACAAGAAGAAUAUGAUGAGGAUGAAGAUGCAUACCAAGAGGAAGAUGAAAUGCAUGGGGGUGAUGAGAUGAACAUAAAUCUGGUCCAAGAGUUUGAUAAAAUGCACCUCCAGGAGAAAGACUCUAACUUAGUCUUAGGGUUCAAUGAAGGAGUGGAAGUUGAGAUACCCAAUGAUGACUUCGAAAAAUGCCAACACAACAAAGAAGCUGCGUUUACACUUCCUCAGCAUACUGUUGAUUCAGUAGAUGGAGAAAGACCUAAUGAGACAAGCAGUAGUGGACAAGACACCCAAACUCUUGAAACCCCUGGCCAAGUAAACUUUGAUAAUUCAUCUGGGAGUUUCUUGGAAAUCGAGAGAGUGAUGCCGAACUUGGCUGUUCAGCCCAACAGUGGCCUCCAAUCUCUGCAGCUUUCUGAAUCAGUUGAUAAAGUGGAGUCUUUGAGUAACUCUGUCAUUUCUGCUCAACCUGGUUUACCCUCUCUUAACGUGGAUCUGCAUUCAUCAACUGUUCAGACUGCUUUGCCUCUGGCAUGUUCUGCUCCAGCUCAGACAGUGGAGCCUGUUAAGCUUCCGUUCGGUUUGUUUUCUGGUCCUUCACUGAUACCUUCUCCUGUUCCAGCCAUACAGAUUGGCUCCAUACAAAUGCCUCUUCCCCUUCAGUUUGGCACCUCACUUACCCAUAUGCAACAGUCUCAUCCUCCUAUCUUCCAGUUUGGUCAAGUGCGAUAUACAUCCCCGAUAUCCCAAGGGUUUCUGCCGCUGCCACAUCAUUCGAUUGUCCACCCUAGUGCUUCAUCAUCUUUUGCUCUGAAUCAAAAUUCUGGGGCGGCUAUGACUGUUCAGCUUGAUCAAAGUAAUUCAUCUAAUACUCUUGUUAGAAAUGCGGCCAUACCUCUCUCUGACCCUCAGCCGAAUGUUACAAUGAGACAAAUGAAUAUUUCUGCUGGGAAUACACUGAAAAGUGCUAAUGUAUUUCCAGAAAGAGCCAGUAAUGAGACUGUGAUGUCAUCUCAGAAGCAAGGUGAGCUGUCUGGCAAGUCUGGAUCACCUUCUCGAGUAUCGGGUUAUGGAAAAUCAAAUUCAGGUGUCAGACAAUCAGAAUGUCAAGCCCAAACUGGCACGAAUGCACAUAUAUCGGUUUCAAAAGAUAAAGACACAAGUCAGUUGAGAGCCCACAGGCAAGCAUAUGGUGCCGGAGGGAAAAGAGAUGCUUUUGCAGUUAAAAAUUACGGGUUUCGUUCAUCAGGCAUUCCUGAGGUUUCUCGGGCAGAUUCUGGUGGAUACAGAAGAUAUCGGCGUCAGCGAGUAGAAUUUAGAGUUCGUGAAUCAAACCGGCCGUCUUUGGAGGAGAAUGUACAUGCCAAUGGAAGGGCUCCACAAAACUCCACGAGAAAUGGAGCUAGAAAGUUUGUUGUGUCCAACAAAUCCCCAAAACAGACACUUGAUCCAGAUGGCUUAGGUUCUGGUUCAACUGCACCGCUGAAAUCUGAUGCUGGAAGCGGAUCGGAGAAUGGAAGUGGAAAAGAUGCCUUCAUCAGGAAUCAGCAGAUACCAAAUCCUGGACAGACGAACCUUAAAAGGAACCUUUUAUCUGAAGAGGACAUCGAUGCACCUUUGCAGAGCGGAAUUGUGCGUGUUUUUGAGCAACCUGGGAUUGAAGCUCCUAGUGAUGAUGAUGAUUUUAUUGAGGUAAGAUCAAAAAGGCAAAUGCUUAAUGAUCGUCGUGAACAGAGAGAAAAAGAAAGCAAGGCGAAGUCUCAGGCAACCAAGGCAUCACGAAAAUUGCACUCUGCUAUGCAAAAUACUGCAGCAGCUGACAGGUUCAGAAAAAUCCCGUCUGUCAGUGGAACUGCAAACCCUAAGCAGUCUAAUCCUGUGACCAACAAACAGCCCCUAGCUCCAAUUGGCACUCCUGCCCUUAGAACUGAUGCCCAUGCUGAUGCCAAAUCCGGGACCAGCAAGUCCAGUCAGGCGAGUGCUGCCCUUCCAGUUUUAUCCAGGGGUGAACAGAAUCCAGUCACAAGUUUUAUAUUUAAUAACAAAAAUAAGGUUCUGGAUAAUAUUCAAACAUCGGUGGGACCAUGGGGUAACCCGCGAAGUGAUCAGGUGGUCAUGGCCCUAACCCAGAGUCAGCUUGACGAGGCCAUGAAACCCAUAUCGUUUGAUUCGUGUGUUUCUGCCGAAGAUUGUGCCAACUCAAUUAGUGAGCCAAGUCCGUCAUCAACAUCAGUCUUGCUGAAGAACAAUGCUUUUCCAACUGGCACAAACCCAAUAAAUUCAUUGCUCGCUGGAGAGAAGAUUCAAUUUGGUGCAGUUACAUCUUCGUCUGUUCUCCCUCCUUCUGGUCGUACUGAGAAUGAUUGCUCCUUAUUUUUGGAGAAGGAUAAGCACCUAAAUCCAUCGUCUGGUCACAUGGAAGUUUGUGAAGCGGAAGCGGAAGCGGCUGCUUCAGCAAUAGCUGUUGCGGCCAUAACUAGUGAAGAAGUUGUUGGGAAUACAAUGGGUCCUGGUUCUGUCUCAGAUGUUGAGACCAAAAUUUUUGGUGGGGCCGAGUUAGAUGGUGCAGCGGGAAAUGGAGAGCCGCCUAGUCAAUUGAAGGCCGAAGAGUCUCUAAGUGUCUCUCUUCCUGCAGAUCUUUCUGUGGACACUCCUUCAAUCUCCCUGUGGCCACCAUUAUUACCUAGUCCACACAACUCCUCAAAUCAAAUGAUUGGUCAUUUUCCUCCUGGCCCUCCUCAUUACCCUUUCUAUGAUAUGAAUCCCAUGUUACGGGGCCCUAUCUUUGCUUUUGGUCCACACGAUGAGUCAGGAUCGAGCCAAUCACAGUCCCAGAUAGGUACGGGAGCAGUUUCAGGUCCACCUGUGAUGUGGCAGCAGGGUCAUUCCAGUGUAGAUUCGUUCUAUGCUCCUCCUGCUGGGUUUACUGGUCCUUUCCUCACCCCACCUGGUGGGAUUCAUGGCGUUCAGACCCCUCCGCACAUGUUCGUCUAUAACCAGUUCGCCCCAGUUGGUCAGUUUGGACAAGUUGGCUUGAGUUUCAUGGGUACAACUUACAUCCCAUCUGGAAAGCAACCAGAUUGGAAGCACAACCCGGUAUCUUCUGCUCCGGUUGCGGGAGAAAGUGAUGCAAAAAAUUCAAAUGUGGCCUCCAUGCAGCGUAAUCCUACAGUUGUACCGGCAUCUGUUCAGCAUCUCUCUCCUGGCUCAUCUCUGCUCCGUAUGCCAUCUCCUCUCGCCAUGUUUGAUGUCUCCCCUUUCCAGUCUUCUCAGGAGUUACCCAUUCAAGCUCAGUGGCCUCACAUGCCCGGCCCGGCUCUCCAACAAACACCCCCGUCAAUGUCACUCCAGCAACAGCAGCAAGCAGAAGGCCCAAAUAUUCCUUCUCAGUAUAACAACUUGGUGAUUCCAAAUCAACCGGUGGCUCCGAACCGAUACCACAACUCCCAGACCUCUGCCAUCUCAGAUUCCACAGUCUCUCAGUUACCAGAUGAACUGGGUUUUGCGGAAACAGCAAACUCUUACCGUUCCAGUGGUCCACCACCACUGCCGAAGGGGACCGAGGCCAACAAACCCAGCAGCAGCAACCCAAGUGGUGGUUCUGGCUUCAGGCCACCGUCACGGUCCUCUCAGCAGAAGAACUCGUCUUCUCAGCAUUUCGGUGGCUCAUCCUCUGGUUACAACAACCACCAGCGUGGUGGUUCUCAGAGGGGUAAUAACGACAAUGGCUCGGGGAAAGAAUGGCCUCACCACCACCAUCACCAUCACCACCACCACCGGAGAUCAGGCUUCCAUGGUAGAAACCAAUCCGUGGAUGGAGAGAAAGGUUUCUCCAAUGCGAAGGUGAAGCAGAUAUACGUGGCUAAACAGACCGUUAGCAGCUCUGUCUCGGUCUCCAACACUACAGCUGCAACCACUGCUACAACUGCCACAGCCUCAUCCUGAACUGAUGACAAAAAUACUGUUCAUCAUCAUCAUCCAGAUCUUUGAAAAGAAAAAGCCCCAGGUGUGUUAUGAUUAUCUUUUUUUUUACAGUAUCCACUCCAAUAAACAGGGACUUUGCUGCGGGAGAUGUGGAUUCAGGACUUUUAAUAUAAUUUUUUGGCCCAGGGUGUUGUAGCCAUAAGUUAUUAGCUUUCCCUUAUUCGAAUUUUUUGCUCGUAGGUUAUGGGAUUUUAUAUUUUGUUAGAUUGUCUUGGUGAUCAAGAAGAUCACUCAUCUUUAUUUUGGGUUUUUUUCCUUCUGGAUUGGUUGUAUUGAUGAGAUUUGUGAUGAUUUGUCAUCUUGGUCUAUGUUCCAAUGCUA